GCGAGGAUAUUGAUUUCGAUUUAAAUAGCUUCGAAAAAUUGCAAGCGCGUUAGUGUUCGCAAUGCAGGAAAGGGGGAACUAGCUUUCCUUCCACACAAAGGUUAAAAACCUCGGUGACGACGACUUAUCGCGGCAAACGUCCUGAUUGUCCCUCUCUCUACCUUGUUCUCUCUUAUAUUAAUCAGACGGGAAAAGACGGCUUCAAAAAGAUCUACUAACCUGUCAAACUGUCCAAUGAUGAAGCCUUUUAAGCGAGUUCAGUCUACAACUUAUUUCGUAUAAUGAUAAACAUCUUGGGCUCAUAAGAAUACCGUGCCUCUUUCCAACUCGCGAUCUCUGACGUCAUUAGAAGUUUCUUGAUCUCACAAAAAUUUCCGAUGUGUGUUGCCUCUUGCAGUCUUUAGUAGGUGUUUAGAGCCUCCUUGUCCACCUGGUAAGAAGACAGACAAUCCGAGAGGUACUUGCUGUGUUUUUCCUUUCACCUACGGAGGAAAAACCUACAACGCUUGUACUAUGGACGAUCAUAGCGGAUUAUGGUGUUCACUUACUGCUGCUUACAGUGGAUCUUGGGCUAACUGCGUCGGCCCAUGCUACAGGAGGCCUUGUGAGAAUGGAGGAGUCUGUACAGAAACCAAAAAUGAUUCGUACAGUUGCGAGUGUGCCGUGGGAUAUUCUGGAGACAAUUGUGAAAUAGCGGGCCCAUGCGCCAGGAAACCUUGCCUAAAUGGAGGAAUCUGCACCGAAACAGGAAACAACUCACGCAGUUGCCAAUGUGCCGUUGGAUAUUCUGGAGAAAAUUGUGAAAAAAAGCUGCCAUGUCCACCUGGCAAAACAACCGACAAUCCGCAAGGUGCCUGCUGUUUUCUCCCUUUUACCUAUGGAGGAACGACCUACAACGCUUGUACCAUGGCCGCUCAUAGCCGAUUGUGGUGUUCGUUAACCGCUACUUACAGUGGAUCUUGGGCUAACUGCGUCGGUCCAUGCGACAACAACCCUUGUCUGAAUGGGGGAGCCUGUAAAGCAACCAAAAACGACUCGUAUACCUGCAAAUGUGCUUCAGGAUAUUUAGGAGGCAAUUGUGAAAUAGCGGGCCCAUGCGCUAAGAAACCUUGCCAAAAUGGAGGAAUCUGCACCGAAGCAGGAAACAACUCGCGCAGUUGCCAAUGUGCCGUUGGAUAUUCUGGAGAAAAUUGUGAAAAAAAGCUGCCAUGUCCACCUGGCAAAAAAACUGACAAUCCGCAAGGUGCCUGCUGUUUUCUCCCUUUUACCUAUGGAGGAACGACCUACAACGCUUGUACCAUGGCCGCUCAUAGCCGAUUGUGGUGUUCGUUAACCGCUAUUUACAGUGGAUCUUGGGCUAAUUGUGUCGGUCCAUGCGACAACAACCCUUGCCUGAAUGGGGGAGUCUGUACAGCAAACAGAAACGACUCGUAUAACUGCAAGUGUGCUUCAGGAUAUUCUGGAGGCAAUUGUGAAAUAGCGGGCCCAUGCGCUAAGAAACCUUGUCAAAAUGGAGGAAUCUGCAGCGAAACAGGAAACAACUCGCGCAGUUGCCAAUGUGCCGUUGGAUAUUCUGGAGAAAAUUGUGAAAAAAAGCUGCCAUGUUCACCUGGCAAAAAAACCGACAAUCCGCAAGGUGCCUGCUGUUUUCUCCCUUUUACCUAUGGAGGAACGACCUACAACGCUUGUACCAUGGCCGCUCAUAGCCGAUUGUGGUGUUCACUCACUGCUUCCUACAGUGGAUCCUGGGCUAACUGCGUCAGUUCAUGCGACAAGAAUCCUUGCCAGAAUGGAGGAGUCUGUACAGAAACCCAAGAUAAUUCGUAUAGCUGCAAAUGUGCCGAGGGAUAUUCUGGAGCCAAUUGUGAAGUUACUGCAGACGGGUGGAGGUCAGAGGGAUGCUUCAAAGUACUCAAGAAGGGAGAGAAAAUUGUCUUUGAUGAAAGAUUCGCAGACAUCAAGGCUGCAGGAGAAAUGAAGUGCGAUGUUAAAACGGCGUUUGAACUUUGUAAAGUUGCAGCGGAGGAGAAAGGUUACGAGAUGUUUGGCGUCUUAGGUGUUAGAGAAAUGAAGACGGGGAGAAGCUGAGUGAAGAAAAGCAUCAAUGCAAGAAAAUGUGUGAAUGAAAUGAAUAAAUAUACCCGAGAUUCCGUAGAAAAUGAGGUUAAUAUAGAAGUUUAGACUUAAUCUGAAUACCUUCCUUAUUUAACGAAGCAUGAAUUUUAAAUAUUUGUCGUAAAGUACGAAUGAGAGCUUAAACUUAUUAAGUGGUUAUAAAGACUUAAAUGCGUUACCUAUGUAAUAAAAGCUGCAUUUUCUAAUGUUAUG